AUGCCUAGUAUGGACGAUAUGGACUUUGACGAUUUUGAUUCCGAAUGCAGCAGCUCGGACACCCCGACGGAACCACCCGAGGCAGGGGCUCCGGCGCCAAUUCUGGCUGCAGUGGAAGCCGAGUCUGUGGAUACAGUGCGCAACUUGAUCCCCACCACAUCUCCAGCCGAUCUUUCCGCGGCUCUGUGUCGAUCGUGCGAAGAAGGGAAACUUGCUAUCGCCGAGGAAUUGCUGGAGAGUGGACAAUGUGAUCCAAAUGCAGCAUACCAAGAUAUUACUCCGCUUUUUCUUGCAGCCCAUAAUGCACACCCGACGCUUGUCGAGGUUCUUCUUCGACAUGGGGCAGAUGUCAACAUCAAAUCUAAUCGUGGACGAAAUAAGAGAAGACAACAAAAGCAGCUGCCACUUCAUAGUGUGCCAUGGUCUUUUAAUCAUCCUAGAAUUCGCGAUGGCCAAAAUUUACUCCGCCGACGGGCGGUGCUUGAGUUGCUGCUCGAUGCAGGCUGCAAUAUCAAUUCGAAAGACGACGACCGGACAUUGUUGUUGCAAUGUAUGCCCAAUGACAUCAAGCUUGCGCCCUUCCUCCUACGCCGUGGAGCGGACCCAGAUGUCGCAGACCAUCUUGGUCGAACAGCGCUGCAUUUUUUCCACGAUCCCCAGGAUGAGCCGGAUCUAUUCAAGAUGUUCAUGGACCAUGGAGCGCGUUUAGACCUCAUUUUUCAACCGGAUGGAACUGCAGCAUUGCAUGCCUUCGCGUCAAACCAUGACCUAGGUGAUCUUUCCAUGUUCAAGCCGUAUGUUCCAGAUUGGAAUAUUACUACCUCCGACGGCGACACGGUUCUGCACAUCGCUGUCGAAAAGCACAGGCCUGGAGAUCCCACGGUUCCAGCACUUUUAGCUCUCGGUAUGAGCCCAGCCCAGAGGAAUCAUAAGGGUCAGCAAGCUAUCCACAAAGUUGAUACUUCAUACUCCGACUGUGAGGAAAUCCUGGACAUAUUAUGUGCUGCGGACUCGGAUCUGGAGGCAAAAGACUCCCGCGGGAAUACCCUUCUCACAAGCGCCGUCUGUGGCCCAAACAGCGGAUUUCACAGUGAAACUUUAGUCCCCUCUCUGAUCAACCGUGGAGCAAAUAUAAAUGCUCAAGACUACAAGGGAAACGGGGUCCUUUCCAAUCUGAUCGGCUCUUUCGGAUUCCAAUCGAACCAACUGGAUAAUCUUAUGAAGCUUGGAGCAGAUCCCCUAAUGCAAAACUACGCUGGACAGGAUUUCCUACAUCUUCUCGCGUCCGGCUACGCCGCAAUCGACGAAGAGACAGCUUUUCUGACAAUAAUCAAUCUCCUCGGUAACGGCCAUUGCCCAACUGUCUGUGACUUUCAAGGGAGAACUGCCCUUCACGCACUUUGCAGCCACACGUCAGAUCAUCUUUUUGCGGCAUCUCCUGUGAAAGGAAAAUGCGCGAUCGAUCUUCUACUUGAUGCAGGCCUAGAUGCAGCAUUAAAUAUGCCUGAUUAUCAGGGUGUUCGACCAAUUCAUCUCGCAGCCACCACAUCGGAGAUUCUAGUCGGCAAGCUGAUCGCCAGAGGCGCCGACGCGGCGGUUACGACCAAAGAUGGACGGAACUUGUUACACAUCGCCGCAACUGCUCGUCAGAGUAAUGUCGUCGGACUACUUUUGGACCAUUAUGCUUCGAACAACAUGACCUCCAUGGUGAAUAUGCAGUCUGAUGAUGGGCGGACCCCUCUUCACCUAGCCUGUCGUUCUGGAAGGCUAGAGACAGUGAACCUGCUUCUUAAUCAUGGAGCAGACACUCAAGUGAGAGAUAAAAGCAAAAGAUUACCAAUAGACGCAUGCUCUGAGUUCCUGGUCGAAAGUCGACUUUGGAUUGCGAAUGAUGAUCAGGAGAACAUACUGAACAAUGCUUUUGCGGCAGGCAUCCUCGCGCAAGAUAAAGAACGACCGCUAAGAGGUGAUACUCGCCCUAACAGAGAGCCUUUUAAUCCUAAGAAGAUAGGAUGGAAAGGUGAAAUCACGUCUGAAGACUCGACCCUCGGAAGUGGGCGCAUCGUGCGUGCAUUGGCGUUGAAGGGGGGGUUCCAGGCCGCAGAUAUAACGGAAGGUGUUGGCUCUAUUUUCCUUGCGCAAGAUUCUGGAGAUGAAGAAAUGGCUGCCGAGCUGGUGAGAGCAUCAAGGGAGUUGGGAAUCAAUAUCGAAACAUCGCUCCCAUUCAGCACCGAAUCUCUGCUACUUCGCUCACGGCAUCUUUCCACUCUGCUGAAGCAGAUAUUUACCUCACCCUGCACUAUGGACUUGGAUCUUUUUCAACUGGUGAUAGAUGGCCACCAUAAUGAGCUUGCUGAGGCACUAGAAGAGAAUCCCACUCUUGUUCGGGAUGACUCUGACGGGGUCUUUCCGGAUUUCCUAUUUGCCUGUGCGCGAUGGGGAUAUACCGACAUAUUUAGGAGGAUUGGCAGUAUCAUGCCGGACAGUGACUGGAUUGAUGGGGGUCACGAAGUACUGGAUGGCCCCCUAAUCCCAUACUUGCUAGCAGCUGCCGAGAGGCAGCUGCCGAACUUGGAAUUGAUCAAGGUCAUCGUUGAAAAAUUUGAAGCGGACGUCAAUAUUCGCUUCAAUAAUGACAUGGUUUCCAAGCCUGAAAUUUAUUAUCAGUCGCCCAUGGCUGCUGCCCGUGCCUAUAAGGAUGGGGACACGAUUCUUCAUCAUCUCGCUCAAGGCACACACUGGUGGUACGAAGGGGCUAUCCGAUAUCUUCUCCAACACGGUGCUGAUCCGAAUGCGCGUAACGCCGAGGGAAAGACACCACUCUGUGUCGCAGUGAGCCGAUCGGAGCUGGGAGGUCAUCGACGAUGGGAAAUAGUCAACAUCCUGCUCGAAGGUGGUGCCGAUCCAAACAUCGCAGCCACAUGCGGUUUCACUCCACUCGCAAUGUCUGCUCACAAUAAAAGGGUGUUUCGCUUGUUGGUUGAACGUGGUGCUGUUCCAUCUAGUGACCAUCCCAUGGAGCUGUUUCAGGCACUUUGUUCCUUUGAUGAGGAAAUUGUGUCCGAUCUAUUGGGCAUUGGACUAGAUGUCAAUAACACGACUCUAUCUUCCGCGCAGCCUCAUUGGCAUGCGCACAGGCUAGGAAAAGCGCCUUGGUCCAAGACUGAAGUCAUCCGACCCCUUCACUACAUCUCCAUGCUCCCUUUCAACGAAUCUCACUGUCGCGAUCACUCGAUACGCAUGAUUAAAAUGCUCUUAUCCAAUGGUGCGGACUGUUUCCUUCCAUGCGAUGCGGACAAACUUAUUCUUCACGAGAUUUUCUCAGAUGGCGGCAUCAUCAAACCCUGGCUUGACAUGCCCGAUAUUGACCUUGAACGACGAGAUCCUCGUGGCCGAACUCUGCUUUUAUCUGCCGCACGUUGUCAAUUAGGAGCCGAUUCAUAUGCCUGUGUGAUUCCGGUAUUCCCAUUCCGUGCUGGCAACAUCAUACAUGAGCAAUGGAAGGAAGGAGACGUUACCCGGCCGAUGGCAUUGUACAGAAAGGGUGCGGAUCUAACAGCUAUUGAUAACUUCGGUAACACUGUGUUCCAUCAUAUGGCCGGUUGUCAACCAAAAAAUACUUUUGCGGCGAUUGAAUAUCAGAGAACAGUCAGGCUUUUCAUGGAGAGAGUCCCUGAAUUUGAGAAGAGGGUAAAUUUGGAUGGCAAGACACCAUUCGCUAUUGCAAAGGAGCAAGGUGUUAAAUGGGCUAUGGACAUAUUUGAGGUGCAGGAAGAGCAGAACGCCAAUUGA